AUGGACCCAUCAAUUACGCAAUAUGUAGCGACUUCAGAAGAUCUUGCGUACGAGUACGAACUGCAGUCCAACAUUGAGAAUAUGGUGGUAUGGAAACGAUACUUGGACCAUCGGAAAUCCGUCGGAAGCGAAACGGCUUUGGCAUGGGUCUAUGAACGAUGCUGCUAUCAAUUCCCUUCUUCGCGUGAGAUGUGGAUGGAGUAUAUGCAGUGGCGUACGGCUCUCCUCUCGACAGCGAAUGCGGUCGUCUAUCUGGAAGAGUUUGAGAAAUGCAAUAAGCUCUUUGAGAAAGCAAUGUAUCUAUGUCAUCCAGAUCCCAAUUUGUGGGAACUAUAUCUGCGACACUGUAUCAGACAACUCAAUAUGAGUCUGAUUAGACGGGUCUUGAACCAAGCGCUGCGGUGUGUCGCGCUUGAAUCCCAUAUUCGCGUGUGGUCUCCAGUAAUAGAAUUUAUUGAGACCACGCUGCAAGAUUUGGAAAGCGGUGAGUCCGAGCCCGAGCUAGACGCCAUAAUCGAAGAAUCGUUUUCCAGUGUUUCCCAAACUUCUAAUAGUAUUACUCCAGACAUUUGGUCAUCUCACUUGCUUUCGCGCUACAUCAAGAUUACAGACGAGCUUGAACAUGUGCUGUAUCUUGUCGGACUUACUCGCGAUUACCACAUUAUUGCUGAUCUUUAUUGCCAAUUUAUCAUCGGUAAAAUGUCUUUCAAGCCGGUUGACCAGCCACUCUUUCAAUUUUACGAUCUAUAUCUUGAGGCUAUUGAAAAUAUUGGAGAGCAUCAACAGUACCUUCAAGCCAUAGCACAAUGUAUGGAAAUGUUUCCAGAUCAAAGUUCUAAAUUUGUCACUAAGUUGAGUAAAUACUAUCUGAGGCGGGCAGACUUCACGAUGGCGAGAUCCGUCUUGCAAGAUGCCUUGAGCUCCACGACCACUUCCAGGGCUUUUUCCGAGGUAUACGACUUCCUUAUCAAACUUUUGGAAUCCUUCGUCUCAGCUUGUAUUCAUGAGGCUCAAGCAACAGAGGACUUGAACAAACAAAAACGAUUAGAUGCGGAUUUGUCAUAUAACAUCGACCUCCUAGAACAUUUGAUGGAAACCCACUCAAUGUUAAUUAACGAUCUAAAACUGAGGCAAGAUAUAAACGACGUCAGCACAUGGACUGAAAGAAUUUCGAUGUGUAGUUCACCCGAGGAAAAGCUUGAGGUAUACACCGACGCCAUACUUAAAAUCGACCCUUUGAAAGUGUCACAACCAGGUGCAUUGGGCAGGCUAUGGUGUGGCUAUGCUCAGCUUUAUAACGACACCAAUCAGAUAAUCUCUGCGAGGGAAGCAUUUGAUCGUGGGCUCCGAGUACCGUACAAAUUUCUUCAGGAUAUAGAGAUAAUCUGGCAAAAAUGGGCAGAAAUGGAAGUAAACUGUGGUCGGGUACCAGAUGCUGUGAAACUUUUAGAGGCCGCAUUGUCGCUUCCUAGAUUUCCUGAGAUGGUGUUGGAGAAAUAUAACUCAGGAAAGGGUAGCGUUCCUGCUAAGGCAAUAACUUUCACAUCCACCAAACUUUGGUCGUUUUACAUUGAUCUAUUGGAAGCUUCUUCGGACAUUGCCAAAACCUUAGAAGCCUAUGAAAAACUAAUUGCCCUAAAGCUGGCUACACCUUUGCAUUUCCUCAACUACGCUCAGUUUUUGCAAGGUCAACAGAAUUGGAAUGGGAGUUUCAAAAUAUACGAGCGAGCAAUCACAAUUUUUCCUGCGGAAACUAGUUUUGAGCUGUGGAGUUUUUAUUUGAAAGAUUCGUUAGAACAAUCAAGACCUACGGAAACAAUAAGGGAGCUGUUUGAGCAAGCGCUAAGUCUCGCUCAAAAUGGCAUAGAUUGUGCACCCUUUUUCAUUCAAUACAGUGACUUUGAGCACAGCCAAGGAUUAGACAAACGGUCCGUAGGUAUCUUGACUCGUGGUUGUAUGGAAAUCAAAGAUGAGGCAUCGAAAGUCAAACUAUGGGCACUAUGUUUAGACCGAUGCAAAGAAUAUCUCGGCCUCGAGAGUGCCAGGUCUUUGUAUGAGAAAUGCAUUCAAACACUACCCAACUCAAAGGUAAUUGCAUUCGUCUUGGGCUUUGCUCAAAUCGAAGAAUCCCUUUCUAACAUCGAAAGAGCACGGGCUGUAAUGAAUUAUGGUGCCCACUUGCUGCACCCGGCUGCCAAUGUCAGUCUUUGGGAUUUUUGGAGUGAUUUCGAGCUCAGGCAUGGUGACAAAACAAGCUACAAAGAAAUGUUGAGGAUGAAGAGAGAACUCAACGAUACCAUGAAGAUAUCUACGGAAGAAGUUUCUAAGCAGACUGGAAAUAUCCAGUUUGUGUCGUCCACGGUUGGUGUCAAAAACGACUCUAGCCAUGAUAAAGAUUUUCUAAAUACUAGUAACCCCGAGGAAAUUUCUUUGGACAUUUAA